AUGGCUCUCUGACGAGGUACUUUCGCGCAUGAGCUUUCCUAUAAAUAGAGCUGGGUCCCUUAGAAGACCAGUUCAUUGAAGAAAUAAUUGCAGAGUAAAUCAAUAAGGUGUUCAAAAUUUCUAAUUAAGGUGUAGGCAGCUCAUAGAUCCUCAGGUGCUACGUGAAAAUUAGUUAAAACACUCUUGUAAAAAAAUCAAGUGGACGUGAUAUAAUGUCUGUGAGUGCUCAGAAUGGUACAAAAGUCGAUAAUGAGGCAAAUGGCGUGCACGGGAAGAAGCGUCGUGAGUGGCGUGUUGAGGUGUCUCGGCGUGCACGACAGACGUACAACCCUCUGAGGACCAUCAUUGAAUUCAUGGAUAUCAAGCCAAAUCCAAAAAAAUCUCUCAUUCCUCUCUCAAUUGGUGACCCCACGGUUUUUGGGAAUCUCAAAGCAUGUCCAGAGAUUCAGAAUGCCGUCAUUCAAGCUGCUUCGGAUCACAGCAAUAAUGGCUAUAGUCAGCUCAUAGGUUCCAAGGCAGCUAGAGAAGCUAUUGCCAAUCAUAUGAAUCGUGCUCAGCACUCAAUCACUCCAGAUGAUGUCUACAUCGUGAAUGGAUGCUCAGGAGCUGUGGAGAUGUCUAUUGUGGCUCUAGCAAAUCCUGGACAGAAUAUUCUCUGCCCUCGACCAGGGUACUCCAUCUUCCAGACUGUUACGCAGGCUCUGGAUAUUGAGAUGCGACAGUAUAAUUUGCUUCCAGAUCAAAAGUGGGAGGCUGAUCUCAAGCAAAUGGAGAGUCUCAUUGAUGAGAAUACUGUGGCAAUUGUCGUGAUCAAUCCGAGCAAUCCCUGUGGCUCUGUAUUCAGUCGCAGUCACCUUGAGGAUGUCAUAGCCUUGGCGGAAAAAUAUUUCUUGCCCAUCAUUGCAGAUGAGAUUUACGAACAUAUCGUUUUCCCGGGAAAGAAAUUUUAUUCUCUUGCACCACUGUCUAAGAAUGUACCAGUACUGCAAUGUGGAGGAGUAUCGAAGCGCUACCUGGCUCCAGGAUGGCGCCUGGGAUGGAUUGUUAUAAAUGAUCGAGGAGGUGUUCUAAAGGAUGUUAAAGAUGGACUGGCAAAACUCAGUGGAGUUCCCCUGUGUGCCAAUACAGUCAUCCAAGGAGCCCUACCUGCAAUCCUCAAGAACACCCCACAAUCCUUCUAUGACGAAGUCAAUGGAAAACUUCACAGAACUGCAACAGUGGCAUUUGAGAUGCUCUCAGAGAUUGAAGGCAUGAAGCCCGUGAUGCCAGAAGGGGCAAUGUACAUGAUGGUGGGUAUCGAUCUGACCCUUUUCCCGGAAUUCAAGGACGGAUUGGCAUUUAUCAAGGCCCUAGUUGAGGAGGAAAGUGUCUUUGGCUUACCUGGCGAGUGCUUCUGCUACCCCAACUACAUACGGAUUGUCAUCACAAUUCCAGAAGAGAAGAUGCGUGAAGCUUGCGAAAGGAUUGGAGUUUUUUGUGCAAAUCACCGUUCAAACACCGCCGUAGACCACGCAGAUUCUGAUGAUCCGCCGUGCAAAUAGCAGUGACACUAUCAAGGUUGAUUAAAGUCAAUAAAAGAGAACAAUAAAACACGA